AUGGAUGCCUCAAUGUCCAUCAACGUGACGCCGGUCGUCUCUGUUGCCCUUGUCGUUGUAUCAACCAUUUUUCCGGUCUUGUCUCUAUUGUCGAUUAUUCUCCGGUUUCAAGCUCGCCGAAUAGGACACUUGAAGCUUGCAGCCGAUGACUGGUGGAUCUUGGCAGGAUGGGCAUCUCCCUACUUUUGGGUUGAGCAUUACUAUUUGGAUCUUUGGCAGCAUCACCGUGCCAUCCUCCAAGUUUGCCUAUCUGUGGUCAAGAUUUCGAUUUUGCUAUUCUACAAGCGAACAUUUUCGGUCCCUAAAUUUCAGAUUGCUGCAUACAUUGCCAUCGCCAUUGUUGGUUGUUGGGGGAUCACCUUCUUCUUCCUGAUGCUUCUAGAAGGCGAUCCGAUCAGCAGGGCAUGGACUGGGAAGGGACACUUCAGAUUCGAUCAAGUCGCAAUGGAGUUCGCUCAAUCUGCCACCAGUAUUGCAUUGAAUGUCGCCGUCUUGCUGCUUCCCCUCCCCAUGCUUUGGUUCCUACCCAUGUCUCCCCAUAGAGUGUGGGAUCUCAUUCUCGUCUAUGUGUUAGGUGCACUUUGCUGCGCUGCUGCUAUUGUUCGAUUAGUUCUGCUCCAUGCUUCCAUAGCCAAAGAGGCUACUGACCUGUCCGUAGUCCGUGAACAUCCACUCCAACCAGCUUGUUUUCAUGAUCAUCGAAACCAACUGUUCUAUAAUUGCCGCCUGUCUCCCAUGCUAUGGCGCCCUUCUCAGAGGUGGGCAAUCACUCGCAUCGAUCGUCCGAUCCUUUUUGCGAUCCACGGCCGGGCCCGCUCCCGCUCCCAGACCGAUUCCAGUUUUACAAGCCUCCAUAGCGGCAAACACUACCCCAUCCACGGAAUCAGGGAUUUGUACGCCGAUACAGGCUCUCAGGUUGAACUCACGGGGCCUAUGGAUCGUUGGUCGCGAACGACCACACAGGUCACCAUCAAGGUCAGCGGUAACCCGCGCCAGAACGACGAGUGUCUCUCACCAGGAAUUGUGGUCCACACUGAGCUUGAUAUAUCCACCAAAGGGACUGAUAUUUAA